AUGACUUACUUUGGACUUUAUAUGGAAGAAUUCUAUGGUUUUACCAAAGGAAAAUAUAAGGCUGCUUCUGACUCCUCAUUAUUGUGGGGACCUUAUAGGUCGGGAUUGUAUUUUGGAAUACGGCCAAGAAUCCCUAGAUCGCUACUUUCAGGCUUGAUGUGGUUCAACAUGGAUGACUACAAUGGAGUUAGAAAAAUGAGGCACUUUUAUGAACAGAACGAUCCUAUGAAAAAGGCCAACUGGAUCUACUAUGAUCCAAGGUAUGGAGGUCGUCAAGUAAUCAUCGAUAAAGAAAGUCACAUCAAGCUUGUUAUCGACUUUAUUAAGAGUGAGGAUGGUAAGUCGUGGGGUGUUAAGGUUAAGAGUAAACCACAAAAGGGGUUCGAACAUGUCAAAACCUCAUUUGUGUGGUAUUCAGGCAUGGAAAGUGAACCUUUGGAAACGGACAUUUUUGGCCAGGAGACCACAGCGGCUGUUAUUAACUUGGAUAUGGACAGAAGCAUAGAUGGAAGAUAUAACGGCCCCAUUAAGUUGGCAGGUGCCUCUGAAGAUUUGGGAUUCUUCACGUUGUCUAUUGGUGAAGGACCCACGUCUAAUCAAAGACCAAAACUGAUAUUCGAUUAUGAAGAGAUCGACCCCAGACAGAACAGACAUCUCAGCUUGAGAGUUCCUAAUGACGAAAUCUGGAGGGCUAAAGAUAUUUUCAACUCGCUUUUGCAGGACUCAGUUCAAGACUUGAUGGACAAAUAUGGAGAGGAACCAAUCCCUCCACACCAGUCGUUCGUUAUGAGAGAUAUGAAUAAAUUCCAAGGAAACCUCCACUUUGUGCAACAGAUUUUUGAAGGAGAAGCCGAAUUCUACAUUCUUUAUGACAAUGCGUUCACCCCGGAAGACCAAAAGAUCACCAAAGAUAACUUUGAAUUCAAAUCGAAAAAAGUGUUGGACAUCUUCCAUUCCAAGUUCAAACAGCAUUUCGAGUUGUUGCCUCCAUUUGAUAAACAGGAGUAUCAACCGUUUGCCAAAGAGAUUGUUUCGGGACUUUUGGGUGGAAUUUCGUACUUCUACGGAGACCAUUUGGUGGAUCGGGAAACUAAAUUUGAUGACGAGUCUUUUGAGAAAUAUGAAUUGGAAGGAAAGUUGGAAGGACCCCAUGAGCUCUUUACCCUUGUACCUUCUAGACCAUUCUUUCCUCGUGGGUUUCUCUGGGAUGAGGGGUUCCAUUUGCUUCCACUCUUGGACUACGAUUCUGAUCUUGCUCUUGAAAUAAUUCAGUCUUGGUUUAGUUUAAUCGACGACGAUGGAUGGAUUGCCAGAGAACAAAUUCUUGGCCCUGAACUGAGAUCCAGAGUUCCUGAAGAUUUCAGAACACAAAGUCCUGAGAUUGUGAACCCCCCCACAUUGAUGUUAGUUUUCACUUUUCUCUUGAGAAACUUGCAAAAUGAACAGUUUGGUAAUAUAAAUGCUCCUAAGGUAGUGGAAGAUUAUGGAGAAAUACCCCUAUUUGACUCUUCUGACUUGGGUAAGUUAGUGUUGUCGCAUCCGGAGUUGCUCACCAACUACACAAAAAGCAUAUAUCCCCAUUUAAAAGCACAUUAUGAGAUGUUCCGUCGAACUCAGAAAGGGUACUUGGAAGACUUUGGAAGGUCACCCGACUUAGAAGUUUACAGAUGGAGAGGAAGGACCCUUACCCAUUGUUUGGCCAGUGGUUUGGAUGAUUAUCCAAGAGCUUUACCAGCUGAUAUUGCCGAAUUGAACGUGGAUCUCCUCUCGUGGAUUGGAGUUAUGACCAGAUCAGUCAAAUUGAUUGCUAAUAUCUUAGGUGAAGAUGAUGAUGUCAAGCACUACCAGGAGAUUGAAAACAAUAUAAUCAAGAGCUUAGAUGAUAUCCAUUGGUCUGAGGAAGAAGGUGUUUACUGCGACAAGUCUGUUGAUGAAGAUGAAAUAGACGUAUUUGUGUGCUACAAGGGAUAUGUUUCAUUGUUCCCCUUCAUCACCAAGAUGAUGGGUCAUGAUCUGUAUGACAAGUUAGAGAGGCUAGUGGACUUUAUUUCAGAUCCUGAACAGUUAUGGUCAGACUACGGAAUCCGGUCCGUGUCCAAAUCUGAUCCCACUUACAGAACUGGCGAAAACUAUUGGAGAUCGCCUAUUUGGGUUAAUAUUAACUACCUCGUUCUAGAUGCUUUGAAACAUUACAAGGAGGUUGGAUCUGGUAUGCCCAAACCAUUGCAACAGAAGAUAAGCAGCACCUACCAUGAUUUGAGAGUCAAUCUCGUUGAUAAUACAUUUAAAGAGUGGAAGCGCACGGGAUUCUUAUGGGAACAAUACGACGAUGAGACCGGGGUGGCUAAGGGAGCCAAAAACUUCCUUGGUUGGACAUCUACUGUGAUCUUGAUGAUGAGUAUGCCUGAAAACAUUUAGGGCUAUUUUGCAGCAAUUAUGUAGCAAACAUAUAGCUCUAUUGACGAAAAACAAGUUAAGUUGAACUGUGUAUUAUGGUAGUUAGGUGAUAUUACGAUAAAUUUCUGGGU